AGUGGUACAAAACCGGGAGAAUAAAAUGGCCAUUGCUUGGUCUUGAUUUGUUCACAUGGCACAGUAGCUCGAGAUACAAUCGUAUUGUCUGACGUCGCCAUUGUGUAGAUUAGCUUCUUUGGAUGUCUAUUUAAUCCGGUUUCACGCCCAGAUUCCUGAAUCCAAAACCAAUUAGUAGUAUCGAUUACUGAGGAAGAAGAGCUUAGCAAGGAGUGGUCGAUCGUCAUCAAUGGAGCACAACGGCACGGCGGCGCUCGGCUGGGCGGCGAGGGACACCUCUGGCCACCUCUCACCGUUCAGCUUCACAAGAAGGGUUCAGCAGGAAGACGACGUGACGAUCAAGGUGCUCUACUGUGGCAUCUGCCACACCGACCUGCACAUCAUCAAGAACGAGUGGGGCAACGCCAUGUACCCCGUCGUCCCCGGGCACGAGAUCGUCGGCGUCGUCACCGGCGUCGGCGCCGGCGUGACAAAGUUCAAGGCCGGCGACACGGUGGGCGUGGGCUACUUCGUCGACUCGUGCCGCGCCUGCGACAGCUGCGGCAAGGGGUACGAGAACUACUGCCCGACGAUGGUGAUCACGUCGAACGGCACGGACUACGGCGGCGCCACCACCCAGGGCGGCUUCUCCGACGUCAUGGUCGUGAGGCAGGACUACGUGGUGCGCGUCCCGGCGAGCCUGCCGCCGGACGGCGCGGCGCCGCUGCUGUGCGCCGGCGUGACGGUGUACAGCCCGAUGGUGGAGUACGGCCUGAACGGUCCCGGGAAGCACCUCGGCGUGGUCGGCCUCGGCGGGCUGGGCCACCUGGGUGUCAAGUUCGGCAAGGCGUUCGGGAUGAAGGUGACGGUGAUCAGCUCGUCGCCGGCGAAGCGGGGGGAGGCGCUGGGGCGGCUCGGCGCCGACGCGUUCCUGUCGAGCCGCGACGGCGAGGGAAUGGCGGCGGCGGCGGCGACGAUGGACGGGAUCAUCGACACGGUGUCCGCGGGGCACCCGCUGGUGCCGCUGCUGUCGCUGCUGAAGCCCAAGGGGCAGAUGGUGGUGGUGGGCGCGCCGGCGAUGCCGCUGCAGCUGCCCGCGUACGCCAUCAUCGAGGGCGGGAAGCGCGUCGCCGGGAACGGCGUGGGCAGCGUGGCCGAGUGCCAGGCGAUGCUGGACUUCGCCGGCGAGCACGGCAUCGCCGCGGACGUCGAGGUGGUCGCCAUGGACGCCGUCAACGCCGCCCUCGGCCGCCUCGAGAGGAACGACGUGAGGUACCGCUUCGUCGUCGACGUCGCCGGCACAAUGCACGCUGCCGCCGCCGCCGCUGCGUCGUCCUAGGCUCCUAGCUAUGUAGCCUUCGUGUCAACGUGCUUGCGUGUCAUUGUGUGUAACCGUGCAAGGAGAGGCGUUUGGUGUGCGCCGUUUUGGGGAAAAUAUGGGGGUGGAAACCACGUACACGAUGGAAACUUGAAAACUACCGUUAGAUUAAAUAAUAGACGCUUGAGAUUUGUUCACGUCAUCACGAGUAAAAAUUUUACUCACAGAUUUACUCGUGAGUAAAAAUUUUACUGUGCGUGAUAACGUGGAUGAUUCUCGAACAUUUAUUUCUCGAUCUAACGGUAGUUUCCACAACAUAUAUGGUCCACUGUAUAUUUUCUUCCGUUUUGGCGUGUGCGCCAUCGAUGGAGCAAUAACAGUGGACCGUCAUGGGUCGUGGGCCUGUGAUAGGUUAUGUGGGCCACCUCGAAUUGGGCCCUUCUCUGAUCUGAUUUUGUCCAAAGAUUUGUCCGAUUGGAAAGGUCCACUUUAUACUUAA